AUGCUGCGGCCUCUCAUCCAGCGGAGAGCAACGCCACUCUCCAAGCCUGAGCUUCCGAGGCACGUCGAACGGCCGCCGCCGUCAUCGAAGCGGAGUCCAAUCCUACGUCUCGGACUACACGGCAUUGUCAAGCUCCUCCGACUCCUGCCCGUCCCGUCAUCACCGCAAGUCACCAUCCCCUACACGUCUUAUCCGCACAUCGUCGAGGCCAUAUUCGAAUAUGCCGACUACAGCACGAAACUGAAGGGGCGCCUCAUGUGCUGGGACCUUAAAGUCGCCAUCGACCGUUCUCUCCUCAGCACCUCACUCCUGAUCAAGCCCCGGAACGGCGGGCGAGACUUCUCCAUCCGGUCUCGAGCCGGAGUCCUGCCCUGGUUCCAUCCCUUGGGGAGCCGCACCGCCCAACUUGCAACGAUGGAGGAGGCUCGCGAGAUCGCGAUCGCUGGGCGGUUCAGGCGCGCCCCACGGCUCGAGUACUGGCUGCUAUUCUUGGGGGAGGAGUGCGUCGUGCGCAUAGCGCAUGACGGCGUCAGUUCCCAGGGCGGUCAGUGGACGUUUGUGCGCCCCCGCCGCCUCCAGAUCAUACGUAACGAGUACUGCUCGUGUGGACGCGAAGGGCUCAGCAAUUCCCGCGGAGGGCUCAGGAUCUCCCACCAGGCAGACCAGGUCGCGCUCACCCUCCGCCGACUACCUUUCCGGGCGGGCCCCGUCAUUGACGCCAUGUUGCACUCGUGCCAAAGCAACUGUGCGCUCUCGAACGGCAUCCUCCACCCCAACGUGAAGCGGCUGUGCGUCGAGUAUCCCAGACCAUACCCGGACGGUUCGGCAGCCCCAUGCGAGAUUUUCAGGUUUGGACACCUCCGUGGUCGACAUGGCACACAUGAUGACCUCGAGGUCGAACUUGUGCAAUACAGUGUACCCGAGACGCACGCCGCUGUGACACGCCUCCAAGCGGUGUCCGAGUUGGGCGUCGAUCAGCUGCAUGUCUCCGGCGUCAACGUCACCGACGAGAGCUCUGGUAGAUGGAACUACUGGUCAACAGAUGAGGUCUGA